AUGACAGCAAGAAUGCAACGACCACCCGCAACCCGUGCUGAAGCUCUCCAGCGUCCGCGCGAUACGCUCGCCUCUGGUGGAACAAUUAUCCGUGCUGGAGCCGGUAUCGGUCCCACCGCCAAACCUACGGAAGCUGGGGGAGCCGAUUUGAUAAUAAUCUAUAAUUCCGGCCGGUACAGAAUGGCAGGGAGGGGUCGCUAG